AUGUUAAAAAACAACAUCGAUAAGAAUCUCGACCGUACAAGUCUCGAUUCUCUCUCCGACAGUUACCUCUCCGAUCAAUCUCCAGACGACCUAUCCCUCCUCUAUCGCCUUAACACACUCCUAUCAUCCAAAAGCCUUCCGAGGCUGACGAAUCUCCUCGAUGUGACACCUUCGCUCCUUGUAGCUCUCUAUGAGACCAAUCCAACCUUCCAGCGUGUGCCCUUUGUGGACGUCACCGUACCCGAUUUUGCAACGAAGCUCAGGAAUAUGAAGCUACUUGUGAGUAGCAUUGCAGGUAGCCGGAAUGGAUAUUUAACGGAAAGAAAGAGACGACAACUUGAGAGGCUAGAUCUACGCAAGUUCUGUGAAAAGGACCUUGAUGCUAUCAGGGAUACCGUUGAGAUUCUCGUUGAUGUUGGAGAAAGGGGACUACUAGUUGGGGUAGGAUCGGGAACACCCGGAACUAAAAGACGACCCCAGGAAAUCUCGAGGUCUGUGCACAAAGUAGAGAAGGUUGCCGGAAACAGCAUGGAAGGACCGCAAACAUCGAAGAAGAAACACCCAGUGCUGGUACUCCCCACAACGAAGUUGGAGGACCAAGAGAUAUCGACAGACGAUAAGGACUCGGGGUGGGAUGGUAGUAUUCUCGGAGCUAUGUCUCAGUCGGAUAAGGUGGGCUCCUCUAAGGGCCGAUUGACCCGGGGAAGUGAUUUCUCGGGAACGAGGAUCUCAGAUUUGAAAUCCAGGAAGGUUACCCAAGACAGUCGCUCAACGUUGGCCUCUACUUCGUCUAGUAGCUCUUCGGUGCCGCCUGGCUAUUUAGAGCAUCUUUCGGCACGUGUAAACGCAAUUGUUGCACGCUGUCCCGCACAAUCCCCACAACCUAAAGAGAAAUCGCGAGGUAGAGGUGACGUAGAUGACACCACCAAAGGCACGAAGAAGCAACAAACUGAGCGUGAAGAUUCUUCUACUUCGCGAAGGGUAUCCAGAAGAUCAGCAUUAGGACAACGGCAUGGUCUGGACUCCGACCAAUUCGGUGGUGAACUGAAAGCUCCUCGACCCACAACAGCUAGCACUUCAUCGUCCGGAAGAUUCGAAAGAAAACCAAAUGAGGCCCCUGUAUCGAGGGAACAAAAAGCAACAUCCAAAAAUUUGAAGCGAGGGCCCGCAAACCGAACAGGAAAGAAGAGAGAGAGCCGGAAAGAACAAGAAAGAUGGGGGACAGAGUCUGAAUCGGGCUUCGACACUUCACUAUCUUUUUCUUCGUUGGCAAGGAAAGACACCCUCGAUUCCCGUACCACUCGGAGAUCAUCAGCACCUGUAAGAGAGUCCGGCAUCAACCUCGAGGUGGCCGCGCACACACCUCUCCCCACCUCUCGCCCUGGCUCCACAACCUCUCAUAACUCUAGGCCAGAAAAAGACCAGCCUCAUAAAUCUCCACUACCACUAUUCCCCCAAUCCCUCCUCCGAACCAUGUACUGGGCAACCAGCCUGCCCACCCCGCCACUCUCUCCAAACGCCCAGAAAUGGGGUACCCGCCUCGCAGCCACUGCGACACCCUCAACAUCGAAACCGCAGCUUGGAAAACUCCGGCGAACAGUCAGCGCGUCACCGCUCCCCGCAUCAAUGCUCAAGAAACGCUCUCCUGCCAAGCGCUACGGUAGCGCAGGUCUGAUGGAGGCACGUGGAGCUGUCAGCGAAGAGUGGGCUUCUAAUCACUCGCAUGAGCGCUUAUCGGCGAAGGGAUCUUACUCAACACGGGGAACGCCUUUGCGUCCUCCGAAGGAGCUGCUCGCGUUUGCGGUGCCCCCGGCGCUAGCUUCUGCUAAUAGGAUGGCGAGGAUCACUAAGAACGACCCUUCAGGCCGGGAGAGGGAGCUGUAUCAUGAUGAGUUCGAAGAAGACGAUACAGAACCAGAUGAUACGGACUAUGAUGAAGAUGACGACGAUGAUAGGACCAGUAUAUACUCUGCCUCCACCGUAUCAUGGGGCGAAGACGAUCCUUUUACUGCAGCGUUGAGGCAAAGGCGGCAGCUCGCGCUCGAGAAGUUGCAUGCGAUGGAGAGGAGCUUCAAUGAGGAGAUCGAGGUUAAGAAGCAGGCGAGAAUUGAGAGUUGUGAGCCAAGCGGUAUGACACGGACUCGGAAGGUGGCUGUACGGACGUUGAAGAGGAAUUGA